AGUAAAAAGUUCUAGAAUAAAAUUCAAAAAAUUUAUAACAAAUUAAAUUUGCAUUGUCAUUCAUUGGAGCACUCAUACUAUUACAAUGACUUCUACCACGGUUCAGUUUUUAGUUGAAAUGACCUGCGAUUCUUGUGUUGAAUCAGUAAAAAAGGUCCUCGAAAACGUGGAUGGAGUAAAAAUUGUUGAUAUAGACCUUGCUAAGAGCUCUGUGGUUGUAGAAAGCAGCCUUCCAAUCCUGGAUGUUCAGGAAAAAUUAGAAACCACGGGUCGACCCGUUGCAAUCAAAGGAUAUGAUGGAAGUAUGGCUGCUGUAUCAAUCCUUGAAGCAGGAGAUGAAAAAAUUCAAGGAGUAAUUCGUUUUAUACAAGUAAAUCCUAAUACGUGCAUCAUUGACGGCACUAUAGAUGGUCUAAAUCCAGGAAAUCAUAAUAUUGCCAUACAUGAAUGUGGUGAUUUAUCUACAGGUUGUGCUAGUGUAGGAAAAAUGUUUGUUUGUGAUUCUAGAAAUAAGGAUUAUGGAGAUUUAGGUAAAAUAGUUGCAGAAAAAAAUGGAAGAGCAACAUUUAGAAAGGAAAAUAAUAUAGUGAAGCUAGCAGAUGUUAUUGGAAGGUCGCUUGUUGUAUCUUCAAAGUUAAAUGGACUACCACCCAUUUUACUUUCUUGUGGAAUCAUCGCCAGGUCAGCAGGACUUUUUCAAAAUCCAAAAACUAUCUGUGCCUGUGAUGGCACAACCAUUUGGGACGAAGCAUCGAAGCCAAAUUCAAAAUCAAGCUUAUAAACCAUAAAUUAAUUGCUGCAUUCCAUAACUUAAUUUAACUAUAUUUUCCAGGGGGGAUUUAGUUAGUAGGCUUUCAGGAUUUUAAAAUAGUCGAGAAACUAUUUUUUUUAUGUCAUGAGUAAAAACAUGUUAAUGAAU